AUGGAUGGGUAUGAAGCAACUAGGAUUGUGCUCUCUCGUAUCCAAACUCUAGACCCAGAAAACGCAUCAAAGAUCAUGGGUCUCCUCCUUCUUCAAGACCACGGUGAGAAAGAGAUGAUAAGGCUAGCUUUUGGUCCAGAGACUCUUGUCCACUCUGUAAUAGUGAAAGCCAAGAAAGAGUUAGGUCUCAUGAGACCUUCUUGGAGUCAAGAGGAGUUAAUUAGCCCUAGGAAUAACAACAACCGUGGCUCUUCUCUCAACCCUGCUUCUUUACCCUUCUAUGCUAAUGGAGCAAGAUCUUCAAAAGACUUGACCAACGAGUUCGUGGAUGAUGUUAACCCAAGAAGUGACUUCUUGGGGUCUGUGCAUGCAAGAAGUGGUAGCUGCGUUUUGGACGGUUUAGGGUAUGGUGAUUCUGAUUUAGGGUUUGGUGGUGUACCAUGUUCUUAUUACGCUAGAGGCUUCUGCAAGAACGGAAGUAGCUGUAGAUUUGUACACAGUGAUGGAGGAGCUGAGUUAGUUGGCUCUCCAAGCAGAGUCGAGCUUCUUAGGUCUAACUCUGUACCUCCAAGACUUGCUCAUCACUUCAUGACUCGCUCUUUCUCUGCAAAAGGAGUAAACUCGCAGAGCAGCGAUGCUCAAAGAGCUGCUGCUGCUGCUUUGAUGAUGGGAGAUGAAUUUCAGAAGCUUGGAAGAUGGAGGCCUGAGAGGAUUGAUCUCUCUGCUAUGGCUUGUCCAGCUUCAAGACAAAUCUAUCUGACAUUUCCUGCCGACAGUAGGUUCAGGGAGGAAGAUGUGUCCAACUACUUUAGUACUUUUGGACCAGUUCAAGAUGUGAGGAUACCAUAUCAGCAAAAGAGAAUGUUUGGGUUUGUGACAUUUAUGUACCCUGAGACUGUCAAGAGUAUUCUUGCCAAAGGGAACCCUCACUUUGUGUGUGAUUCAAGGGUUCUUGUUAAGCCUUACAAGGAGAAAGGCAAAGUCCCUGACAAAUACAGAACUAACCAACCAACAGAGCUAGAACUGUCCCCAACAGGCCUUGCUUCUAGCCCCAGGGAUGCCAUAGGAGGGAGAGGGUUUUAUAACAAUGCCCAAGAUGUGUUGUGGGAGAGUAAGUUUGAAGAAGAGAUUCUUGAACUUCAGAGCAGAAGGCUAAUGAACAUGCAGCUUCUUGACGUCAAGAAGCAUUUCCAACUCAAUUCCCCUACUACACACAUUCAUUCCCCAAACCCUUUUAGCCAAGCGCUUGCGUCUCCACGCCCAUUACCGGUUAAAGCAGGAAGAGAGAUAGGGAAAGGAAGUUCCAAGGAAGGAUCUGAUGACGACAUAUUGAAUCUACCAGAGAGAUUGGAGGAUAGCUUGCCGGAUAGUCCAUUUGCAUCAUCAACACAUCAUAUGCUUCUGUUUGGUGAAUCUAUAGACAACAAUGGGUCGGAUCUGUGGUCGCCUUCUUCAGACAAUGAUGAUAAUUCUACUCCAUCUACACUCUCUGACUCCAACUCUUUCAACUGCCAAAUGCCUAGGUUACUACCUAUUGGAAUGUUACCCGGUAGGGGUGGACCGGCCUGUCGUGUCGCUAUAUAAACAGGAAGAGGUGAGAAUGAAAGAAAAACUAAUAAUAUAGAGACCCUUAAUAACCAAAGAUGCAGAGGUGUAAAAUAUAAAGCAGGAAAUUUGAUGUAAGAGAUAGAGAAGAGAAAGAUGGAAGAUUGCUUUACCAUUUCUCUAGUAUUAAUGUGUAAUGUGAUGGACCACACAAGAUGAUGUAAUAUGAUAUGAUAUAAAUAUAUAGGACAAGAAGUGUAAUCUCUCUAAAGAUUUACAAAAGAAAGAGAUUACAAUUUGUGUUUGACAAGUAUGAG